AACACAAACGAGAUGAUAGAUGGCAAGUUUGGUUCCAAUAAAACAGCUUCUCAAAUGAUGCAAAAGAUUAUCAUGAUUGAUCUUUUCUACGUUUUCCUUUCUAUUUCUAUAGUGCAAACAAACUGGAUUAGGGUUGGUUAUUACUUGUAUUCAAUGUCUGAGAUCCCCGUUUCGGAGAUUAAUUCUUCUCUCUUCACCCACAUUAUUUGUGCUCAUACCGCUGUGAAUUCCACCUCCUACCAGCUUUCUUUAUCACCAGAUGAAGAAGAACACCUGUCUACCUUCACACUUACUGUGAAGCAAAACAACCCAUCUGUCACAACACUGCUAUCCAUUGGGGGUGUACACGCAAAUUAUUCAACCUUUUCUUCUAUGGUAAGCAAUUCUUCUUACAGGAAAUCCUUCAUCGAUUCCUCGAUGAGAAUAGCCCGACGUUACGGCUUUCAAGGUCUUGAUUUUGCUUGGAUUUAUCCAAACAAAACCUCUGAUAUGUUCAAUAUGGGUGAUCUAUUUAAAGAGUUGAAAGUAGCUGCUGAUUUAGAGGCGAAACAGUCCAACCAGUCACAACUAAUCUUGACGGCUAUGGUUAAUUAUAUGCCAUGGGCAUCCGGAGAACUAUUCCCUAUCGAGAAGAUACAACAAAAUUUGGAUUGGGUUCAUGUUUUGUCCAGUGAUAUUACUACUCCUCUCAAGAGCAACUUUACCGGUGCUCAUGCAGCUCUGUAUGAUCCAAGUACUUCUAGUGAUACAAAUUAUGGCAUAACAGAAUGGACCAACGGAGGAUUAUCAGCUAAUAAAAUUGUUUUGGGUUUGUUUUUCUAUGGCUAUGCAUGGACGCUCAAGAGCCCGAUGGAGAAUGGUAUUGGUGCAGCAGCAACGGGACCCGCCAUUGAUAUGUCGGACGGAUUUAUAACCUAUAGGAAAAUCAAGAAUUUCAUUGAGGAAAAUGGUCCGGAUGCUCCUGUUAUGUACAAUUCAACUUAUGUGGUGAAUUACUGGUCAAAGAGAACAACUUGGAUUGGUUUUGACGAUGUUGAGGCCAUUAGAGCUAAGGUUUCUUAUGCCAAGGAGAAAAGGCUACCAGGCUACUUUGUGUGGCAAGUCUCCCAUGAUUUUAACUGGGUGCUUUCUAAAACUGCAGCUGAAGUGGAGAAAGAAGAUUCCUCAGUUAAGGUAGAUAAUGAAACCAGAAAAAAUAAAAAGAGAUCUUCGUUAGUAAUCCCUUUGUCUACAACAGCUGUUGUUGCUCUUCUAAUCGGAAUAUUUUUUACAUUUUACUGCUGGAGGAGAAAUCUCAAAUCAAAAGCAUCAUCUGCUGGAGAUUUUAAUUCCAACAUUCCUAGUCUGACAGAAUAUACAUUGGCGGAGAUACAGGCAGCAACCAAUGGAUUUUCAAAUGAAAAUAAGCUUGGAGAAGGAGGAUAUGGCCCUGUUUACAAGGGAAUAUUGCCAAAUGGAGAGGUAAUUGCAGCGAAGAAACUUUCAAAAACAUCCACCCAAGGAUUUGAGGAAUUCAAGAAUGAGGUUAUGCUUACUGCCAAGCUCCAACAUGUAAAUCUUGUCCGAGUCUUGGGUUUUUGCAUUGACAAGAAAGAACAAAUACUCAUCUACGAAUACAUGCAAAACAAAAGCUUAGACUUCUACCUUUUCGAUCCCAUUAGACGACUUAUCUUGGAUUGGAAAAAGCGUGUAUAUAUUAUUGAAGGGGUUAUCCAAGGCCUUUUAUAUCUUCAAGAAUAUUCAAGGUUGACUAUCAUUCAUCGAGAUUUAAAAAUUAGUAAUGUGUUAUUAGACGGAGAAAUGAAACCUAAAAUAUCAGAUUUUGGAAUGGCUAAAAUAUUUGUCAAAGAUGAUCUUGAAGCACACACAAGUCGAAUUGUUGGAACAAAGGGUUAUGUUCCUCCUGAAUAUGUUUUUAGAGGCAUAUACUCUAUCAAAUCUGAUGUUUAUAGUUUUGGAAUUCUUCUUCUACAAAUCAUAAGUGGCAAAAGGAUUUCCCUUUUAUAUGGUCCAGAUGAAAGUUUAAUUCUUGCAGACUAUGCAUACGAGUUGUGGAAUCAUGGUAAAGCCAUGGAAUUCAUGGAUGAAUCGCUAGACGAUACCUCUUUGUCAUGUAAAUUAACAAGAUGCUUGCAUAUAGCUUUGUUGUGUGUCCAAGAAAAUCCAAUGGAUAGACCAUCCAUGCCGGAAGUUUUCUCCAUGCUCAAAACUGAAAUGCCAGGUAUGAUGAUUCCAAAGAAGCCUGCUUUCUCACAACUAAAUGAAUCUAUAGUAGUACACUUGGAAGGUCAUUCGGGAAAAACUCCCUCAAUUAAUGAUGUAACAAUUUCAGACGUUUCACUUAGAUGAAUUACAAAUGUCAUCGUGUCUGCAAUCUAGCAAGCUAGCCAUGAUCAAUCCCUUCUUACUUUAGCUUCUUUGUCCUAUUAAACUGUAUACAUCUAAUUUUAAAUAUUUAAUUGAGUAUUCAGAUAUAUCAUUAUUAUUAUGAA